AUGGAAGUUCGAUGUCAAAUGCCAAACAGUUUGCAUUUAAACGGCAAAUUAUUCAGCAACUAUAAGCAUCACACGACAUUCAAAGGCUUGAUUGGUAUAAGUCCUGGAGGGGCAGUGACCUUCAUUAGCCAAUUGUACACUGGCAGCAUAUCGGACAGAGAAAUCGUCAUUCGAAGUGGAUUUCUUAAACUCCCUUUCCAAAAUGACGAUUCCGUUAUGGCAGACAAAGGAUUCAAAAUCGAGGAUGUUUUACCCAUCGGUGUAUUACUGAAUAUUCCACCGUUUCUUGGGCAGUCCAGUCAAAUGUCCACUAAGGAUAACGAGCCAUUAACAAAAUAA